AUCAAAAAGAUCCAGGACAUGACCUGUGCCUCAGUCCACGCCAAUGUUUUUUUGUCAUCCAUGUACGACUUCAAUACGACAGCACAGCCACCAUAUUACACACCAGUCCAUCAGCAACUACACUUAAGGCCAGGCACCGGAUUUGUUAUAGCGCCACAUGCCUAUGAUUUAAAAGGCUUUUUUUCCACGACAGGCCCGGGCAUCAAUCCAGUCAGCUUCACCAGAAGUAGGUUUCCAGACGGUCAGGCAGCCUACAACACAUGCACGUUUUGGACACCAACACAGGAGGCUAGGCAGCAACCAAGGCGUGACCUAAGUGAAUUCAGCUAG